CUUUGUGGGCAGGAUGACAUGAAUGGAUGGGCCGGACACACCUUCCGUCGUGAUGUGAAAACCCUGUCCUGAUCUGCAGACCGUUCCCGGACUCUGCCAGAGACGCAGCCAAGGGCUGGGACGCACCCCUCCUCCCCAUCCCGUUUGGGUCCCGGUCCCUGCGCACUCGCUACCCGCAGCUCACCAGGCAGCGGCGCGCACCAUGCUGCCCAGCGCUGUGGCGGCCCAGGCCGGAGCCUACUGGGAUGUGGUGGCUUCUUCAGCACUCCUCGGCCUCCCCGCUCCGGGCUUUGGCAGCUUGGGCAAGAGUUUCCUGAUCGAGAACUUGCUGCGAGCAGGGGCCGGACCCACGCACGCACCCCCGCCCCCGCGCCCUGCGCUGGGUCCCGAGUGUCCUCAGCUGCGGCCACUGCCCGCCAGCCCAGUACCGCUCAAGCUGUGCCCGGCCGGGCCGUAUGGUGCGCGAUGGGCCUUCCAGAUGCCUGGCCGGGCUCCAGGGGACCGAGACACUGCCUUCCAGCCCUCAACCCCAGUGCCUUCCAAACCCUUCCUCCUGAACGCCCAGCCAUUCUACUCUGCGUGCUGCGGUGGGUCCUGCAGGCGCCCUGCCUCCCCCACAGCUUUUGCAAGAGAAGAACACGGGCUGCCUCUGCUGACCCAGGACUCAAAUUCCAAAGCCAGAAGGGGAAUUUUAAGGAGAGCUGUGUUCUCGGAGGACCAGAGGAAGGCUCUGGAGAAAAUGUUUCAGAAGCAGAAGUACAUCAGCAAAACAGACCGAAGGAAACUUGCUGUGAGCUUGGGGCUGAAGGAGUCACAGGUGAAGAUUUGGUUUCAGAACAGAAGGAUGAAAUGGCGGAAUUCCAAAGAAAAGGAAGUGCUCUCUAACAGGUGCCUCCAAGAAGUGAGCCUUCAAGAAGACAGGCUUACACGGUCCACUGUGGGCUUCCCUCCUCCGUGCCCUGCAAUAUGGGACGUCUCCCAGCCGCACUCAAGUCCCAGCUGGAGGGAGAACUCUCCAGAACCUGCAGGAACACUGACCCAGGAGAAUUCAGGGGUACCAGAAGCAAAUUCACUCCCAGGUGCCUUGUAUCUGUGUCCUGAGAAGGAAGCCUGAGACAAGGAUCGACUCACUAGCGCCAUCUGAAGGAAGCAUACUCCAUGCGCAGCUAAAAGAAUGUUAGUUGGUAACAUUUGGAAUAAAGCCAAUUAGAUUGUGUCUCAACACUGCCUUAAACUAACACGUUGGCAUGAUACCUGAGCUCAUGCCUUAGGAGAGCCAGUCUGCUGUUUCUUAUUUAGCCCUAGACUGUGGCUCAGUGUGUAAAUGGAAUAGAAUCUCUCAGAAGGUACUGUAGGAAUAAGAGCCAGCGUCUGUCCCACAGCCUGUUUGAAAACGUGUAUAUAUGGGUGUUUUCUGUGUAUAUGUGUGUAAAUGCUCAUUAAAUGCGUUAGCAGGAACCAGUUCUCUCCAAGUUUUACAUAGAGACAAUUCAAUUUUUUAUAUGAAGAAAAUAAAUUGAGCGAAUAUUAAUUUUUCAAAGAAUAUAAUAAAAUUUGUGCUUCGAUGCCCCACAGUUAAUUAUGAUUAUAAAAAUUCUCAACUCCUAGCUUCUUUGGUAUCCAGGUGUAAGUGAAUUUUAGCAGGCUCCACACUCCUAAUCGAAUGAACUAUUGUUAGAGACCCACACCGAAGCUAGAGACGGAGAACUCAACAGGAACCCCAAGUUUUGAAGGUGGUUAUCAGCAUUGCUCUGUUCCAGGUCUGAGAUAGACGAGGCUCUCAGUGAAGAAGGUCCACAUUUGGGUGUGAAUCGGCUUUUUGGUCUCUUCUCCAUAGAGGUUAUACUAGACCAGGGUUUCCGAAAUAAAAUAAAUGCCUGAGUGGAGGUGUUUGUCAGAUAACGUGUUGGCAUUCAGUAACUUUUCAAUUAUCUGUGCCAACUACUUUGUCAUCAGUGGCCAAAAAGUCAGGCCACCGUGUCACCAUUCUUAAACUGUCUCUAAUAGGACUAAAAGUCACAUUAUGAGCAGGCCCUGUGGUCAGUGCUGAGCCCACACUACAUACAAUCUCAAUUUUCCACCUACUUGCUUCACACCACAUAUGUUAUGUGGUUUUAUAUAUUAACAGACAGCACCCAGAUGUUUUAUGAUUACUCUGAAAUAGUCUUUGUGUAAAAUCAUAUUUCUGGUAACGAUUUUCUUAACUAUCCAAGUAUAUUAAUUCUAGGGCCAUGAAAAACUUUUUUUACUUUGCAGGAAAUGGAGUCAAAAGGGGUGGGGGGAAUACACAGUGUGGUUUUGAAUGAAUCUUUGGGCAAACAAUGCACUGAGAAGUCCUUCAUGAGAAUUUUGUUAGUGAGCAAAUAACCCAGGCUUACUUCGCAGCUCUAGGCUCUAAGGGUUUAGCAUGCAGACGAGAGAAUAUUUGGGAAGAUAAUAGUUGUAAUGAACACCAGGGAAUUGUGUUUUAAUUAAUGGAGCUUGGAUUGGUACUUUAGCUGGUGACUUUGUCACCUUUAUGUUCCCUAAGGGUCAUGUUAUAGGGUUGUCUUGGAGCUCCCUCAUGAGAAGGAGAGCCAGGGAUCUCUUGACUACAGUUUACAACUUGUUUUCAAAGUGAAGUGCAGGGUACUUUCUUUAGUACUGACCUUAUUGCAUUUGUAAGGCAGCUCUGUAUUGCUAGAUGCUGUGCUGAACAUUUAGGGUCUGUUGCUCAUUCAGUCCUCAUGGCCACCGCCCCGUGACUUAGGCCAUGCUACAUAUACGUGUGCUCUCUCACACACAGCAUAGCUAUGGUACACGAGGCCUUUCUGCUUUUUCUCCGCAUUAUCUUGUCUGGACUGGAGUGAAUGACUGGGCCCUUGCUAGAGAGGACUCCCUUCUUAUCCUCUGGUGUCCCCACCCCCACGCUGGCGUUGUGUGAGCAUUUUCUGUUAGAUAGCUGCAGAUUCUUUUCUGGAAGUGAUAACAUAUUGGUAUAUUUCAUGUCUGCUUCUCAGAGAAAUACUGUUUAUAAUUAAUACCAGGACCACAGAAUUCUGGAGAAUGAAAUAUUGAAAAAAAUAAGAACACCUCAAAAGGCAUUUUCAUUUGGGUUGUAAGUAGAGGAAAUGAAUGUAUUUUUUUAAUAUUUAGGGAUUAGAAAUAUAUAAACAGGGUAGGUAUGAUAAUAGGCUUUGGAGACAAUGAAGAUGAUUAUCACUGAUGUUUAAAAGACAGCUUGGUCUUUUUUAACAAUAAACAAGAAACCCAAUUACUUUGUCAAGUGAUUCUCAGGAUUACACAUGACCGCACCGUAACUCCCAGACUCCGCUAGCAUCCACACCCUGCUCCUCCAACAUCCUUACUCUCACUUGACUCCCCCAAAUCAGCACAUAUUUUAACUUCAAAUAUAAAAUUAUGAAUAUGCCCUAAGCUGUCCUUCCGAUAUCUCCACUUCUAAACUGCAUUCUUCCUAGUGUUCAGCAAGACCCAGCCACCCCUAUUGAUUCUGUGACUAUUUUGUGGCGUUUGACACAAUGAAGCUUAUUCCACACGUUCUGACGUUUGCUGGGCUGUAUCUCUAGCCACUUCAAAUUUUCCCCCAGUGCUUCUCUUUCUUUAUUUCAUUCCCUGUAUUUACCCUCAAUGCAGGUAAAUACAGGGAAUGAAAAAGGUUUGUGUCUUCAAAGAGCUUCUAAAUUAGCUGCCUUGCCAUACAGUAGUUGAAAUAUUCCAUAUUACUUCUUGAAGGCUCCAGUCAUUUUAAGGGAGAAUAUUAGCAUCCUCCAAACCUCACCUGUCUUUGCAAUGACAGCCCUCUUAAAUGCUCCACUAAUCAGAAAACACAAGGACACCCGCCACUCCUUCCAGACACUGUUGUCACAAGAGCUGGGAGUCAAAAAGGCUUCCAGGGAGAAUUCACUAGCUCCCUUCGUUCACAGUGACCCGCCUCAUUUUUUCCCUUUUAAGCCCCUAUAGGAAGAGGGGAAUGUAAGCGGGAGAAAUCAGGAUGAUGCAUUCUUGGAAAUAUAAGGGAAUGACUGCAGGAUUAAUUUAUAUCUUUUUCAAACCAUUUCUGAAACAAGCAUUUACAACAAUGACAAUUCACAAUGGUUGUUAGCAUCUUGUUAUUACUCUGGCUACAUUGUGUUUUUUUAUGUUUGGUUAUAAAUAAAUGCACUUGAAAACAGCUAACAAAGUAAAAGUCAUGAAAUUCUAGUAGACUGUCCUCUUGGGAAAAAGUUCAUUUACUUUUUAAUGUGUGAGUAUGUAAAUACAUAUGGCUAAACAGAUCUGGAUUGUAGUGUCUAUUCAGCUUCCAUGCUUUUUUAUUUUAUUUGUUCACAGACCAUUGUCCCACAUCAUUAAAAAUUACUCAAAACUA